AAAAGAGCUUCAAAUAUCCGAGACUGGUCAAGUUGAGAAGAAGUUGCCUGUUUUGGAUGAAACCAGGAGUGGGUGCCAGAUUUAGGGGCACUUCUCUCCAUUUGACGUUUACUAUUCAGAUGUGAGGAACACGUUGCUCUGCGUUGUAGUGAAACCCACGGACUUCAAUUACCUAGUGCAACUGUUCCUUCUAAGAGUCUGCUAAAGGGUGCAGCCAGUUCCUGAAGAACCCGAGCAAUAUAUUCAGCCGGAACCAGCACUGGUGUAAGAAGGCGUGAAUAAUAAAAAGCAACAUCUUUUGUAAAAAUGAUGGCCACUUACCACGACCCUGAAGACAGCACAGUGGCAUUGCUGGUCCAUGAUAAUAAUACCAGCAAAGAAAAUGAGUGUUCAAAAGAUGACGGGAGUCAGGAGAAGACUACAGAGAAGCCAGACCCUUCACAGAAACCCCCAUAUUCUUACGUUGCUCUAAUCGCGAUGGCUAUCAGAGAAAGUCCGGAGAAAAGACUCACUCUGUCUGGGAUAUAUCAGUACAUAAUCAGCAAGUUCCCAUUUUACGAGAAAAACAAAAAAGGCUGGCAGAACAGCAUCCGCCACAACCUCAGUUUAAAUGAAUGCUUCAUCAAAGUGCCAAGGGAGGGCGGGGGAGAAAGAAAGGGAAACUACUGGACCCUUGAUCCAACGUGCGAAGAUAUGUUCGAAAAGGGGAAUUAUAGGAGAAGACGGAGAAUGAAGAGACCUUUCAGACCCCCUCCCGCCCAUUUCCAAGCUGGGAAGACUCUCUUCUCUGGGGACAGUUAUGGUUACCUUUCACCUCCAAAAUAUUUACAGUCGAGUUUCAUGAACAAUUCUUGGUCUAUUGGACAGCCGUCUGCACCCAUGCCUUAUGCCUCUUGUCAGAUGGCAAGUGGCAAUAUCAGCCCAGUUAAUGUGAAGGGACUGUCCGCACCCACAUCUUACAAUCCUUAUUCUAGGGUCCAGACCAUGGCUUUACCUAGCAUGGUGAACUCUUACAAUGGCAUGAGCCACCAUCAUCAUCCCCACGCUCAUCACCCACAACAGCUAAGUUCUGUUCCGACAGCACCUCCAUCCACUCCUUCGGCAAAUGGGGCAGGUCUACAGUUUGCCUGUGCCCACCAACCCGAGCUUUCUAUGAUGCAUUGCUCCUACUGGGAUCACGAAACCAAACACAGCGCCUUGCAUCCAAGACUAGACAUUUAGCGAUUAUCACUGAGCAAUAUAUCAAUGAAUGGAUCUUUGAUUUCCAGUGUGCCAAAAUACACGUUACCUUUAGAAGGUUGCAUCCCGCCACUGAACUGAAGAUAGUACAUUAGUGCUGAAAAUGUCCUCCUUAGAGCUGCAACAGAACUUCUUUGAAAGCUUUUGCAGACUGGACAGCAAAUUAUGUUGUCUGAAAAUGCUGACUGCUUAUAUUUUUAAUUUUAUGACUUGAAAAUAUCUUGUUGUGAAACGGGAACCACGGAGUUACAUGUUAUAUAUAUAUAUUUUUACUACUUUAAGGGCUAAACUGACUAACAACGAUCAAGCCAUGCUAAUGUGCCAAGCAGACAAAGUGGAAGACAAAGUAAAUUAUUUAGGGUCCUAUUUAGUGUGACAUGUGCCCGGCAUGUUUGGUACAUACUAGGGAUGUUAUUGCACUUAAAUAUUGCAGACUACAACGGACUUUGCCAGGUAAAAUGUCAACAUACGUAUAAGAAGGUCUAUCAAUCACACACAUUCAUUUUAACAUCCACGGUCUAUGUAGUAACAGGUUUACAUAUUAGAUGAUUCAGACUGCCCCUUAAAUUAAAUGCAGCUGAAAACAGAAUAUUUUUGCAAUAGCCAUCAUAAUUGCCAUGUGUAGUACGUAGUAAAUGCAGUUACGCUGAUGCAAACACGAGCUGACAUCUCCAGUGUGUUUCUGAAAAAGAUAAGGAUUUAUUUAAACCAAAGGAACACUUAAACUUGAUCCAUACAAGGAAGUUUCCCUACCCAAUUUACUUCAUUAUGAAGUGUUUGUGAUUUAGACUGUGAUUUGUGAAUUUAUUUUAGUGUUAAUGGGUCCAAGUGAAAUUUCUGUUAUGAAUAAUUAUAUCAUAUUGUAGGUAAGAUAUCUUUACAUUGCAGACCAGGACCAACUAGAGUAAACUAUAGCACUUUUGCUGUAUUUUCUAGUUUUAACUCCGUAAUAAAUUGUCUUUAGCACACCAGCGAUUGCCUUGGUUCAC